UCAGUUUCGUUUCACCAGAAUUAAAACACGAUUCGGUUUUAUUUCCCUGCAUAAGUCACGUGAAACUGGUUGGUCAUGUGAUCAUGUGAUGUGAAAAUGGCAGCUUCGGGGGACGAGGCCGCGGCGAUGGAGAGCGUCAGUAAAGCAUCGGUUCCCCCGACCGACCUCAACCUCACCGCCGAGCCCGAGCACAAGAGAGAUGCGGCCACAAACGAUGCGACGGAGAACCAAAAAGCCAAAAGACCCAGUAAUAACAAUGACGGAGGAGUGGAGACAGCAGAGGAGGCCACUGAACCCGCUGAACCUGAUAUCAAUGAGCUCUGCAGAGACAUGUUUGACAAAAUGGCAGUUUUCUUACAGGGAGAGCUCACCGCAACCUGUGAGGACUACAAACUCCUGGAGAACAUGAACAAACUCACCAGUCUGAAGUACAUGGAGAUGAAGGACAUAUCCAUCAACAUCAGCCGCAAUCUACAAGAUCUCAAUCAGAAAUAUGCCAGUUUGCAGCCUUAUCUGGAUCAGAUUAACCAGAUCGAGGAGCAGGUUACGGCUCUGGAACAGGCUGCUUAUAAACUAGACACAUAUUCAAAGAAACUGGAGGCCAAGUUUAAGAAACUGGAGAAGCGGUGAAAAUGACUAGGAACUCCUGCAAAGUAGUCAUUCUCAAAUUAUAUCUGCAAGUCUCUGAGAUUUUUGUUUGUUUUAUGCACUAAACAAUCUUCAAACCGAUAUCACAUACACUAUGGCAGUGUCAUAAUCUCUGAGUAUACAUUGUGCAGCAAGUAACCUUAGGUACAUAAUAUCGAAUGCUCAUUUAUUGAUCAGACGCUACACAGGCUAGACUGCAAAGGGCAGGAGUGUAGAGUUUGACAUGCUUUCUGACCAACUCCUGAUUUCAAAAUACACAUUUAAGAUUCAAAAAAGCAUGAAUACAGAUAAACCUGUACAGUGUAUUUAAAAUAGCUUGUUACAGUAUAUGUCGUUAAAGAUGAUUUACACAUCAUUUCUGUUAAAUAGUGUUUUUUUCCCCUUUUUUCUGUACG